AUGUCGUCUCGACCUGAUCUCAAGGUGGACGAUGAAGUUGGCUUCAUUCGCUUCUAUCGCUCUCUCUCCACAGAGGGCAACAAUGAGACGAUACGGGUCUUCGAUCGUGGCGAUUGGUAUUCCGCCCACGGUGCCGAUGCCGAGUUCAUCGCCCGUACAGUCUACAAAACCACCUCUGUCCUCCGGAACCUUGGUCGCAGCGAGACCGGCGGCCUGCCCUCCGUCACCAUGAGCGUCACGGUCUUCCGCAAUUUCCUUCGCGAGGCACUCUUCAAGCUCAAUAAGCGUGUUGAGAUCUGGGGUUCUGGGGGAGCAGGCCGCGGCCAGUGGAAGCUGGUCAAGCAAGCCAGUCCGGGAAAUCUGCAGGACGUGGAGGAUGAGCUGGGCAGCGUGGGCGGACUCGCCAUGGAGUCGGCGCCGGUGAUCCUGGCCGUGAAGAUCUCGGCCAAGGCGUCCGAGGCGCGGAGUGUGGGUGUGUGUUUCGCGGAUGCGAGUGUGCGGGAGCUCGGCGUAAGCGAGUUCCUGGAUAACGACGUCUACUCGAAUUUCGAAUCGCUGGUCAUUCAGCUUGGGGUCAAGGAGUGUCUGGUGCAGAUGGACUCGAACAGGAAGGACGCGGAGCUGGCCAAGAUCCGUGCCAUCGCGGAUAACUGUGGUAUUGCUGUCUCCGAGCGGCCGGUCGCUGACUUCGGGGUCAAGGACAUCGAGCAGGAUCUUACCCGGUUGCUGCGGGACGAGCGCUCGGCGGGGACGUUGCCGCAGACGGAGUUGAAGCUUGCGAUGGGGUCUGCCUCGGCACUGAUCAAGUAUCUCGGCGUCAUGUCCGACCCGUCCAAUUUCGGCCAGUAUCAGCUCUACCAGCAUGAUUUGUCGCAAUUCAUGAAGCUGGAUGCCUCUGCGCUUCGUGCACUGAACCUCAUGCCUGGUCCGCGGGACGGAUCACGUACCAUGAGCUUGUUCGGUCUGCUGAACCACUGCAAAACCCCCGUGGGGAGCCGCCUGCUGGCCCAGUGGUUGAAACAGCCCCUCAUGGAUUUGACGGAGAUUGAGAAGAGGCAGCAGCUCGUCGAGGCCUUCGUUACGAACACCGAACUGAGACAGACGAUGCAGGAGGAGCAUCUCCGCUCCAUCCCGGAUCUGUACAGGCUAUCGAAGCGAUUCCAGCGAAAACAGGCGAACUUGGAGGAUGUGGUGCGCGUGUAUCAGGUUGCGAUCCGCCUGCCGGGCUUCGUCAACUCCCUUGAAAAUGUCAUGGACGAGCAGUAUCAAACUCCUUUGGAGGCGGAGUAUACUAGCAAGCUGCGCAACUACUCUGACAGCUUGGCUAAGUUGGAGGAGAUGGUGGAGACUACUGUCGAUCUGGCUGCGCUCGAGAACCACGAGUUCAUCAUCAAGCCUGAGUUUGACGACAGUCUGCGGAUUAUCAGAAAGAAAUUGGACAAACUGCGACAUGACAUGGACGUGGAGCAUCGUCGGGUGGCGCGAGAUCUGGACCAGGAGGUGGACAAAAAGCUCUUUCUGGAGAACCACCGCGUGCACGGCUGGUGUUUCCGGCUGACUCGAAACGAGGCAGGCUGCAUUCGAAACAAGAGGGAGUACCAGGAGUGUUCGACGCAGAAGAACGGUGUUUACUUCACCACAUCGACGAUGCAGGCUCUACGCCGCGAGCAUGAUCAGCUCUCCUCUAACUACAACCGAACUCAGACGGGGUUGGUCAACGAGGUCGUCAACGUGGCUGCGUCCUACUGCCCCGUGCUGGAACAGCUCGCUGGCGUUCUCGCCCAUCUCGAUGUCAUCGUGAGCUUCGCCCAUGCUUCCGUGCACGCUCCAACCGCAUACGUUCGGCCCAAGAUGCACCUACGCGGCACGGGGAACACCAUCCUCAAGGAGGCGCGACAUCCCUGCAUGGAGAUGCAAGACGAUAUCUCUUUCAUUACCAACGAUGUGUCACUGAUCCGCGACGAGUCUUCCUUUCUCGUCAUCACCGGUCCCAACAUGGGCGGAAAAUCGACAUAUAUCCGCCAGAUUGGCGUCAUUGCGCUCAUGGCUCAGACAGGCUGUUUCGUGCCCUGUACUGAGGCCGAGAUGACGAUUUUCGACUGCAUCCUUGCCCGCGUGGGAGCCAGCGAUUCGCAACUCAAAGGUGUCUCAACAUUCAUGGCCGAAAUGCUCGAAACCUCCAACAUCCUCAAAUCCGCCACGUCGGAAUCGCUCAUCAUCAUCGAUGAGCUUGGCCGUGGCACCAGCACAUACGACGGUUUCGGUUUGGCCUGGGCUAUAUCGGAGCACAUCGUCACCGAGAUCCGCUGCUUCGGCCUCUUCGCAACACACUUCCACGAGCUCACAGCCCUCGCGGACAGAUACCCCAAAUCGGUCAAGAAUCUCCACGUGGUGGCUUUUAUCGGCGACGGCGCUGACAGCAAUGCGGAUACAAAGGCAAACUCGAAGAAGGCACAGGUGACCCUGCUUUACCGCGUCGAGCCCGGCAUCUGCGACCAGUCCUUCGGCAUCCACGUCGCAGAGCUCGUGCGCUUCCCAGAAAAGGUCGUCAACAUGGCCCGUAAGAAGGCUGAGGAGCUCGAGGACUUCACCUCUUCGGAGAACCUGGAGCAACAGCCCAUGUCUAUCGACGGCUACUCACGGGAGGAGGUCGAGGAGGGCAGCGCGCUUCUCAAGGAGAUGCUGUUGAAGUGGAAGGCGGAGAUCGAGUCUUCUGGCAAGACGCUAACGGUGGAGGAGAAACGACAAAUCAUGCGGGACCUUGUUAACUCGGAUGAAAAUCUUCGUGGAAACAAGGUGUUUCAAGGAAUCAAGGCUCUAUGA